CUACUCGCCCUCCUACUCGCCCUCACCAACGAAAGUUACCAAGUUACUUCGUACCUUUAAUUACUCCGCAACCUCACAUCUCACAAAGUCACAAGUCGCUCAAUAUAGCACUCUGCUGCAACUACACCACUACAAUACCUACUUCGUCCCCCAUGCGCUUACCUCCCUCAUCUACUUCUCGAGCUUCAAUGAAUGUGUCUCGCUGUCUCUGUUUGAUCCUACGUCCAGCGUUCAGCCUCGACACCUUCCCCGACGUAGCGUGUUGAGAACUCCUCCUUCUCCCGACAGACACAGAGAGCUCAGGGCCUCAUCCAGCGCCUUGGCAACCACAGAGUGGCUUGUCGCGCUUCAUUCUCGUGGGAUAGAUACCAUACCCCAGAAGCUGCUUCGGCUCCUAUCUCGAUAAUACUUCGGUGUCUGAUCCGCUCCAACAAUCGCCAUCGUUAAUACCCUCGUUUGCUUUACGCCUGGGCCAUACACGACGCCCUUUGCUUCUCUGUUUUGCCUUCGAUCUGUCCUGUCCUCGACAAAACACACCUCCACCACCAACCACGAGCGAAGUGGCGCAUACCCGGCGAUACGACCCCUCCGACUCUGAUCGCGACCAGUAGGGAAUACGGGAUACAUCAAGCUGGCAUACUAUUCUGGUUCCGAUAAUGGGUCCUCAAUCGGAGGGAGGUCCCCCUGGUCCCAGCUGGGCGUAUGGAGGUCCACCGCCAUCGGGAGAGGAUAAUCGCUAUCAAUCCAGCCGGAAUAUGGCCCCUUCAGGCUACCCACAACGACAGCACCAGCACCAGCAGAAUCUCCCACGCCAAAACCAAAACAAUGGCUACGACCAGGCCAAUCGAGGACCACCACCACCCUCGCUCCAGGCCAACCAGGGAAUGGACAACAUUGCAGGAGACGCACAUAAAGACAGUUCUGAACGGGAUCGCUCGCGGCACCGUGGUGGAAAGAGGACGGGAAGCGGGCAACUCCGUCUAUGCAAGAAGUGCGGCGAGCCCCUCACAGGGCAAUUCGUGCGUGCACUCGGCGGCAUGUUCCAUCUCGAUUGCUUCAAGUGCAAGGAUUGCGGUCAAAUCGUCGCGUCAAAGUUCUUCCCAGCAGAUGAUGAAGCGGGCCAAGGCCAAUACCCAUUAUGCGAAACAGAUUAUUUUCGGCGCUUAGGCCUACUCUGUCACCAAUGCGGCGGGGCACUGCGAGGCUCGUAUAUCACGGCGUUAGAGCGCAAGUACCAUAUCGACCACUUUACGUGUUCGGUAUGCCCUACGGUUUUUGGCGCGCAAGACAGCUACUACGAGCACGCUGACAAGGUCUACUGUCACUACCAUUACUCGACGCAAUUCGCACAGCGCUGCAAUGGCUGUCAGACUGCUAUUUUGAAGCAAUUCGUGGAAAUCUUCAGGAAUGGACAAAACCAGCACUGGCAUCCAGAGUGUUAUAUGAUUCACAAGUUCUGGAAUGUAAGGCUUGCCGAGGCCUCGUCAGAACCGCCGCCAGAGCGACCUCUUUUGAAAGAUGCCUCGGAUGUCGAGGCACGUAAUUUGGUACGCGACGAGGAGGAGAGGAUGGAAGAGAAGGUGUACAGAAUCUGGAGCGUGCUUUCGACGUUUGAGGAAUCCUCGGCUGCGAAUAUCUCGGAUAUGCUCCUUCAUGUCAGCAACGGUGCCUAUGUGGAUGGAGUACUGACAGCCAAGAAGUUUAUCUGGCAUGUUGAUCUUCUCUUCAAGUCUGCAGAUAAACUGGAUGCCGUGAUAUCCCAGCAGGGCGUUAAAGGUCUCUCUUACUCGAGGGAAGCGAAGCUAUUAUGCAAGAAGAUAGUUGCGUUCUUCGCGUUGCUGUCGAAAACCCAAGACACAGGUGUUAGGAAGCUUGGCGUAACACAGGAACUCCUUUCGCUUGUCACGGGGCUGGCACAUUAUCUCAAGCUUCUUAUCCGGAUAUGCCUCCAAGGGGCUCUGCGAGUUGAACGCGAAAUGAAGAACACGCAUGGACUGGACCUGUUCCUGGGCGACCUCGGCGAUGUGGACCAAGUUAGAGAUAACGAGAAAUCUUUGGAGAAGACAACCGGCACGACAGGCCUUGCAGGAGCCGCCUCAGAUCAAUGCACACAUUGCCAACGGCCUAUGGAAGACGAGUGCGCCCUUAUUGGCGAGAAGAGGUGGCACCUGUCCUGUUUAAGCUGCUGCAUCUGUUCUCGGGAGCUCAGUCAUAACCUCGAGGAUGUGCGAUGGAGCGAUUCCGACAGGGUAUUAUACUGCAACAACUGCCAAAACCGGUCGCCAGAUUCCGUUUCUGGAUUUACUUACGUUACGCGAUUACAACAUUAUGUCUUCCUCCUGAGGGUGGCGCUUGCGAGACUCCUGGUGAUGUUGAGAAAUAGCGGUACGCUGCCACACACUUCUGAUGAUCCAAACUUGAAUGGUUAUAAUUCACAGGAAGGCCAUCGGCUCGGCGAGCCGUCAGACCAGCACCCAGCCGCUCUCACCCAGGAGAGUCGGUCUAAAUCUUACGGUGGCACGAGCGAAGAGAACCCACGAGAAUCGUCGUAUGAGAACACACUCAACGAUGUGCGGAGGUUGCGUAGCACACGUAUGGACAAGCACUUGUCUUCGACUAUCAAGAAGGCCAGGACAUCGCGUAUCAUGGAUGGACCGGAGAGCCGGAGCGUGCGGCCCGGAUCAGCUGGAGCUGAUGGGUCUGAUACGAGGAACAACGACUUUCACAUCGUGGAGGAGCGUGAUAACCAAGGCGAGCCAAGAUCGGAGCUCUUGUUCGGACACCAGGAUGCUCUUACUCUUGAUGAUAUCCCCAGGAUCGUCGCGGCUGAGCAAGCAAAGGAACAGAGGCCGAACGCCUAUAAACACGCCCGACAUGAGUUAUUCAAUACUUCUAUCACGGAGCCCAAGCUACUGAAUGGACACCAGAGGGCAUACUCCAACGCCAAUGAGCUCGACAACCCCAAUCUCGAGAGCGAGCCCUCCCCACAGCGCGGGCCGCCGGGAAAGCGAUAUUUCUCCGAGCUCUCCGCACUCGAGUACUUCAUCGUUCGCCACGUAGCGGUGUUGUCGAUGCAGCCAUUACUAGAUGGCCAUUUCACGCUGGAAGAGCUCCUGGGUCUCAUUGAGUCACGCAAGCCGACGUUCUGGGAUAAGUUCGGGAAGGCGUUUAAGAAUGAUAGCCGUAAGGGCGCGAAGAAGAAGGGCGUGUUUGGCGUUCCUCUGGAGGCGAUUAUUGAGAGAGAUGGAGCGGAUUCCACGGAUGGUGUUGGGCCGGGGAGCUUGAGGAUUCCGGCGCUGGUGGAUGAUGCGAUUUCGACGAUGCGGAAGAUGGAUUUGUCUGUCGAGGGUGUGUUCCGUAAGAAUGGCAAUAUCAAGAGGCUCAAUGAGGCCGUGGCGGCGAUUGAUAAGGAUGGGUGUGAUGCAGUGGACUUGUCUUCGGAGAAUGUGGUGCAGGUCGCAGCACUGUUGAAGAAAUAUCUUCGAGAGCUGCCAGACCCGUUACUUACGUUCAAGUUACAUCGUCUGUACAUCACGUCCCAGAAGAUCGCCGACGAAGACAGGCGCCGUCGCGUUCUGCACCUCACAUGCUGUCUACUCCCCAAGGUCCACCGCGACUGCCUCGAGAUCCUCUGCUCGUUCCUGAACUGGACCGCGUCGUUCCAUCAGGUCGAUGAGGAGUCGGGGAGUAAGAUGGACACGCACAAUCUCGCUACCGUCAUCGCGCCGAAUAUUCUGUUUACGAAUACGAAGAAUGCGGGGAUGGAUGAAAGUUUCCUGGCCAUUGAGGCGGUGCACUCGCUAAUUGAGUUUAACGACCAGAUGUGUGAGGUCCCAGAAGACCUCCAAUCAAUCCUCAACGACUCCUCCCUCUUCAACAAUACCAGCGACAUCACCACCAAAGAAAUCCUCAAACGCUACGGCGACAUCGCCGCCAGCGGCGGCCUGCGCCACACCGUCGAGACCACCCCCGGCCGCUCCAACGACGGCAACGGUAGCGGACGCGCCCACGCACCCGUCGUGACGCGUGUUGAGACGGAGAACUCGCAGAAUGGGACGUGGCAAAACGAAACUAGCGUGAGGCACGUGGAGGAGAAUUCUGGGAACGGCGCCGGGGGGUCGGGAAGCCAGACUACCCCGCCCCACCAGACGUGGCGAGGGGAGGACUUGGAACAUCCGAGUCCGUAUGCGCAGCGCGAUGGGUCGGGGUCCGGAUACCCGUCCAGGGAGAAGUUGCCGUUUGUGCAGAGGGAGGGGAAUGGGACGCCGGAUAGCCAUAAGGAGAGGAGCGGGUGGAGGCAUUCGGCGUGGGGGUCGAGGAGCCAGAAUCAGCAGCAGAAUGGUGGGGGGAUGGGGGUUACGGGGCCGAGCUAG